AUGUUUGCAGGCACCAUAGAAACAACUGCCAGUGAUUGCCUGGGUCUGUGCUCCUGUAGGCUUGGGAUUUCUCUGCCUUCCACGCCAGGUACAUGAACCCAUGGGAAGUGUCUGCUCAUCAGUCGCUCUGAUUUCCCUUCCUAAAGAGGUGUUUUGUCUCCGCAUUGUGAUUAAAUAAGGAAUAGAAAGAAUCCAGUAUAGGAGACUGACAUUAUGCCAGAGAAAAAAGACAAGAAAAAAGGAAAAAAAGGACAUAAACAGCUAGACACAUCUAUACUGAAGAGAUUCCUGAAGACGUAUGAGAGUCACUGUGCUGAGAGCCAGUCCUUAGCCAGUCCCACCAUCACACAAGCCCUUAAAAAAAGCAUCCAAAAUGGAAGGCGUUAUGUGAAGGUUCUACUUACAAGUCCAGAAAAGCUCUCCGAAGACUCCCGUCCGGUUUAUCUCAAGCCGUUGCUGAUGACAAUACGAGAUGUUCGCUAUAUGGCAGGAACUGACCUAGGUGUGUGGGGCAUCCCACUCAGCAAUGAGGAUGUUGCCAGUCUAGCAAUUUUACUUGAGCUGAGUGGCAGAACAUCCUAUCCGUUUUCCAGACUGGAUUUAAUAAAUUGCAGGAUUGAUACCUGGUCAAUGGAAAGGCUGGGAAGGGCAAUCAGAUGCAGCCAGUUAACCUCACUCUCCUUGGAUUAUAAUGAGUUCCAAGAUGAUGGCAUCCAAGGUCUUGUUCAGUGUCUUGAAGCAAACAAGAGACUGGUCUCACUGAGCCUGUGUUACUGUAACCUCGGGCCAGAGAGUGGGGCAGUGCUGGGCAAAGUCUUGGCAGAAACAGCCAUCAGUGAAUUAUACCUCAAUGGAAACCAUUUGCAGUGCUCUGGUGCAGUUGAUCUCAUUACUACUAUAGCAGAACACUGUAAGGCAUUAGCUACUGAAGAGUUGCCUGAGGUGCCAACAAGCCUGGCCCAUCAGUUCUUGGAAGCAGCAUAUGACAAUGUCGGCGUCCACACAGCAAUAUCAGAGCAGCCUGCCAACAUGGGGCGACGUGAAGAUGUAGCAAAGAAAACUACUGUCAGAAGGAAAAGCAAAAGGAAAGGAUCCAAGAAAAAAUCUAAACGCCUGGUUGUGCCUGGGCCUUGGGUGAGCAAGUUACAUCUGGCCGAUAAUGGGAUCGAUGCAAUGGGCAAAGAAGGCAAGAUUGGGGUGCUGGAAUUCUCUCAGUUACUAAGCUGUCUUAUCCGCUGUUCUAAACAACUCUCAGAACUUAACAUCGAUAACAACUGUCUGGGGGAAAUGGCUGCCAAUGAUAUCCUAGAGGCUUUGGCUGACAGGAAUAAAGCUAAACUGCCUCGUCUGAAAAUUAAUGUUACAGCUCAGAUUCCCUCUGAUACCUUCAAAGCCAUUUCAACAAACAGUGGAAAGCUAAAGCUGUCAAAAAAGAAAAAGAAGAGAAAAUGAGCGAUUGAUAAACUUGCAGCGCUGAAAAUAUUUGGCAAACAAGAAGAGAAAGAAAUGUGUAUUUAUAAACAGAGCAGACUUUUAUAAGCCCCUUUCCCUCCUUGUCUCUCUUCUCCUGUCUCUCCCCUGACUAUUUUCCAAACCUCACCCUAUUCCUCAUAUCCUACUCACUUUAUCUCACUUUCCCCUCAUAUUUUCCCAAAUUCACCUCCCCUCAAAUCCUCCCCACAUUACAAAAUCCUGAAUUUAUUUUCACAUCUUUACCUAAUCCCCCCCAUCACUCUAUUCAUCCUCUCCUUGACAUUACACUCUAACACCUUCUGCCUCCCCUUAACCUAUUUUACUCCAUUUCUUCCGCCCUUUGGGCUACCCAUUGCUCUCCACAUUCUCUGAUUCAUGGCAUAACGCCACAGUGUUUUACUGUUUUGGAGUAUAUGUAUUUACUUAAUCCACCCCACACAAUGCGUCAAUGUUGAUAUAAUUAAUAACUUUCCUGCCACACUGAUCUCUAUCUAGGAAGUGGCACUGUUUUCUCUUCAGUUCCUGGAGCCAGUUUUAGUAAAGAAACUCUAGUUCUAUAUCCCUGAGACAUAUGUCUCAUAGUUAGUGCUAAAACCUAAAAUGUACCCUUAUAUGUUCUGGGACAAAUGCAUCAUCACUUUAUACUGAAAUAGCUAAGGCAACUGGUUAGUUAAGGCCCCUUUAAAGAGUUGGGUAGUUGAUAGCUUUAGUCUUUGCUGUUGGUGCAACAGGCAGAAAAAUCUUACCUCUCAAAUCAUCCCAAUAGCUGAUUAAAAAGCUGCUGAUCAGUUAUGCUGUUUUAGUGUAUCAAUAAAGUAUUUGGCUGUAUUAAGCA